GAAUGACUGGAUCAACGUUGGCCUCUGUUACCCACAAGGCACCACUUUCACCGUCAUCGCCGACAUCCACAACCGCCUGGCCAAGCAGACCCGCAAGACCGGCGUCUUCAUGAGGACCACACAGAUGGACAAGGUCAACCACUCCCAGCUGGCCCGAGGAUACUACUACUGGGAGGAGGACACUGGUCUGCUCUUCCUGAAGGUGAAGGCUCACAACGAGAGGGAGCAGUUUGCCUUCUGCUCUGCAAAGGGCUGUGAGAGGGUGAAGAUCACCGCCGUCAUCCCCAAAGGCAGCCCCCCCAGCAACUGCAUGGCCCAGGCCUACCCCCGACACGCUGAGAUGCCCGUUGUGGAUGUGCCCAUGCCCAGAAAGAUACCUAAUGCCAGGCUGCAAUCACCAGAACACUUCCUGGAAGUCAUCCUGGAGUCCUACAGCACUCGGUUCUUCCACAUCAAGGAGGACUUUGCCUUUACUGAGGUGAACGGCAAGAAGAUGUACCAACCAGAAGACGGGGUGCAGCUGACAGUAAUUGACGGGCAUGAUGGGAAGUUGGUGGAGAACAAAAGCUUCAGGAACUCCAUCCUACAGGGCAUCCCUGCACAGAUAGACAACUACGUCAGCGGACUGAGAGACGGUUCCAUCGUCCUCAUUACGUCCAAGGGCCGGCUGCUGACCCGAGGACCCUGGACCAAAGUCCUGGAAAGACUUGGAGCAGACAAAAGUAUCAAAUUGAAAGAUAAAAUGGCUUUCGUGGGCUUCAAGGGCUCCUUCCACCCUGACUGGAUCCGUAUGGAAGUACACUCCGAGCGAGCCAAGAUCCAUCAGGUGCUGCCCAUCCCUGUGGUCCACAAGUUGAAGCUAUGAGAGUGGGGAGGACAACCAAGAGACUAAGUAGCCCCCAGGAUACACUAAACACAAUUCCACCCCCACCACCUCCUAUCCCCCCCAAAAUGCGCCCACGUACACAUACACACUACCAGCACUGCAUAGUCAGUUGCUCCAAGCCAUUGUCCAGGACCAGUGGCGUGUUUUUAUUUUAAGUUUGGCGGUGAGAAAGAAUGAUGUGAUUCUGUGUAAUGUAAAGGGGAUUAAGCUGUCCCAGGGACAGCGAUGAAGUGUGUCAGAGUGGGUAAGAGAUUCAGUAGAGGGAUUCUCUGGCGGCCAUAUUGUAUUCUAACAGCUAAACUAACAGUGGCACAGAACAGACCAAGGAAGUGCGUUGGCAGUAGAAGGGAAUUUUUUGUCAUGUCCAAACGGUGGUACUACAUCUGUCGUUUCAGUCCGUGACGUCGUUGACCCCAAAAAAAGUGUUCCAAUUGACUUGAACUACCCAGUACAACGACUUUUCUAGUCAUUAUUUACAUCAUUGAGUCUAGAAGUUAUAACAUGCGCAACAAUCUGAAGCCAGUUAUUUUCCCUCUAUUCAUUUGAAUGAGCCGAGAGCGGGUAAUCGGAGGACCCUUAAAGACAACUCAAGUAGUCUAGCGGCCAAAGUCGCCGGUCACUCUCUGAAUCUCCAGUUGCUCCAUUUUGUGCUUAAUGUGCCACUGAGCAACUUUAAAAGGAAUGAACAGGGUCUUGAAUCCGACGGUGUUUCCAGGUCUCUUCAUACAUCCAUGGAUUAAUAAGCCUGAUUGUUUUUCCAUAACAUUUUAUUGUUAUCUUUAUCUCAUAGAAGUAUUUUGUUGACCUUAUUUUAGCUUGUGAGCUAAAGUAAAUAUGUGUUCAACAUAAAGGUGCACCUUGUAAAGCUUUGAUAUAGAAACAUAGACAGUCCUCUAAAAGACUUCACUAUUGAUUUACCCCAGCAGUCUGACAUCUACAGCCACAUGUUGAUACCCUGUGGUGUGGUAGUCACUGUUAGAAAGAGCUGUUUGGUGAUGUAUAUGGUCGAGCUUUGCAUGAAAUGAUCUAGUUCCUACAAUGUGUUGUUUUGAACCUGUCUAAAUGCAAAAUGGAAGUCUUUCAGUGGAGGGUGAAGAUCAGUGGAGGGCGAAGACUUUGCAGAAGAGCGAGAUGUGAUAGUUUUCAAAGUGUUGAUAAACACACACUUUCGGCCAUUCUCUUCUGAAAGGCAUUUAUUGCCUGGAACAGAACAGAGUGAAAAAUGAUAAAGUCUCACACCUCUGCAAACACCAAGUCAAUCACUGGUUGAAUUGAAGGUGAUUGUUGGUUGUGGAAAGUCACAGACAUAGUCAGCGUGUAGGUAGGGCGAUUUACACGGUGUGAACAUCAAACCUUUUUACUCCAUACCGAUGGCACAGUUAUACGAUGCUGUGAGAAGAUAGAACUAAUUGAGGGAAGAAUGAAAAAAAAGAGAACUUGAGAGAAAUGACAGUGAUUGGAUGGGUUUAUUACAUUCCAAAUAAGGGAAGACAUUGGCAGAUGUAGGGUAUAGUGCUCAACGAGAGAUUGAGUGUUGUACCCUUAAAAGGAGCAAAAUCGGCCAGAUGCCCCUUCCUCGACCACAUCCUUCAGCUUUUCAUGGUAAUCAAGAAGAUUUAGCAGGCCUGAUGUAUAAACCCUACAUCAUGCUCUGGGUGAAAUACCUCCAGAUCAAAAGCCUCAACUAGCUAAAUUGACUUCUUUCAAGAGCACCAAUGAACAGACAAAGCACAUGGAAUAGGGAAGGCUGUUGCCAUAAUAGAGCAACGUACAACCAAGAGGGAUUCUCGAUGGAGAGAAAGUCCCUUUGGAGGAACACAGGGAUUUCAGCCUUUGUAGUACCUUUACAUGCACACAAACCUAUAGAUCACACCCCAAACGCAAAGUGAGGCCUUUAAAUGCAGGACUUUGACUUGAGUAUUUCUAAAACUGUGGUAUGACUACUUUUACCGAAGUAAAAGAGCUGAGUAUUAUGUCUCGUAAAAAAAUAGUUGUAUAAUUGAGGUUUCAUUAGAGGAAGAUAACAACAACAAAAAUAUGAGAUUAUUCACAUUUAUUCAUUUAUAUUGAUCAUUUAACAACAAAUAUUUCCAAGAGUCUGUUUCCAUCCUGGUUGUUUGAUACUUGUUUAAUGACUGGCUGAUUCUCCAAUAGACCGUCAGUUGCUUGGCGUUUUGAUGAUGCGACUGCAAGCCUGUAUACGAGCAGAGGGAGCAAUGCUACGAGCGUGAGCUAGCUAAUCUAACGCAUGUCUAGGGUUUGUACUUCAGCGAGCAUCUUCCCAUGCAGGGACUCUGUGGUGUGGAGUGUUUCUUUGCUUGGUUAUAUGCCUGCUUUGUUUGAAAAAAACUGUUAAAAGAGAGAAAAGAGAAGAAGAAGAAACAAAAAGAGAAAUGUUAAGUGUUUUGCAUCCAGACCCGUGGUUGUUUACCUGUUUCAUUCCGAGCACUUGAUAUUGUGAUGUUCUCCUCCAGUGUUUUUUCUAUAUCUGUGGAUGUGAUCCAUCGUUCUGUGGAGUGAACCAGCAAGAAGUCCAUCGAAAUAUAAAAGAUUCAAUUAAAUGUUAAGUCAAGGAAUGUUUAAAUGUGCAAUUUUCUCUUUUCAAACUUACAAAGAGAUCUUUCUUUCAGUUUGGCGGUCAAAAUAAAUCCCCUCCCCAUGCCGAAAUAGCUGGUCUUUUUUCGGAUGUCGUCACAGUAAUUUAGUGUUUUGUAUGUUUAAUGUGUUUUUAAAAAUCCACAGAUUGCUAAGAGUUAUAUUUUAUACUUAUUUAUUGUACAGACACAGUGUAUCCAAUCUACAAGGGCCAGCUUGUAUUUGAUGAACAUACCUGCAUUUGAUUUCAUACUGUCCUGUAUGUACAGUGUAUGUAAGAAACCAUAUAGAUCCAUUUAAAGGUUUGUAGCAGACACUCAUACUGCAUACAGGAAUAUGACACUUGGUAUAGUUGGCUUCUUCUCACUGUUCACCUGGAUGUGUUGUAUAUGUUGCUUGGGCUUGUAAAGUAAUGAAGCUCCAUUUUUUUGAAUUUCUUUCAGGACUUUUGUACAGAAAUAAAUGAUGUUUGUCUGAAU